GCUAGACUAUACGCGGUCACAUGUGUGCGAGAGGAGUUUUGUAAUCGCCAUCAAUAAUGCAAAGUCAGAGAGUUUUCAUGACAGCCAUCCGUAAAAUGUCUUCCAACAAAGAACCGCUGAGCAAUUUUGCAAACUUUGGCAAGAAGAUAGUUUGUAUUGGCAGAAAUUAUGCAGAGCAUGCAGCAGAGUUGGGUAAUAAGGUUCCUACCAAGCCUUUGAUCUUCUUAAAACCAACAUCAGCAUACCUUCAACAGGGACAAGGCUACAUCAAGCUACCUCCAAACUGUACAGAGAUACACCAUGAAGUAGAGCUUGGUGUCAUCAUCGGCAAAUCAGGUUGCAAUAUCCCAGAAUCCUCUGCCAUGGAGCAUGUUGGUGGGUACACCCUCGCCCUGGACAUGACUGAAAGGAAACUACAAAGUGACCUCAAGUCUAAAGGUCAUCCGUGGAGCCUGGCCAAAGGUUUUGAUACUUCCUGUCCGGUUGGUGGUUUCCUAGACUCUUCAGAGAUCAGUAAUGUUGAUGAUGUUAGGCUGUGGUUAAAGGUCAAUGGAGAAAUGAAACAGGAUGGGAAUACCAAAGACAUGAUAUUCCGUGUGCCAAGCUUACUGAGUUUCAUCAGUCAGUACAUGACGCUAGAGGUCGGUGACCUCGUACUGACCGGGACUCCCUCUGGUGUUGGACCAGUUACAAGCAAGGAUGUUAUUGUCGCAGGAAUUAACGAUGAUUUAUUACAGAUUGAGUUUGCUGUAGAAUGAUCAAUGUUCAAAGUUCUUAGUAGACUUCAAUCAUUUAGUAAUUGACAAUUUUUAUGCAAGAUUUGGUCACAAAUCAUAGUUUGGACCCAUUUCAUUUUUUAUUGCAAAUUCAGAAGUGCCUUUAACUAUUUGUUUUAUCAUCUUUUUAGGUAUCAGGUAUUUUGUAAGCUGUGCAAGUUGUUUUUACAAAUAUCAGUUCUAAGUUCAAUGUGUU